AUGGCGACUACUAUGCUGAUGCUCCUCCUGAAUCACCUGGAAGAGUUGGAAGCGGAGUCUUUCAAACGUUUCAAAAAGCUGCUCAACCAUGAGAUCCCAGAUGGUUUCGAACCUGUACGAGGGGACCAGUCGGAGUUGGAUAUGACGGACACCACGGAUAUCCUGAUUUGUAAGUAUGGAAGCGAUGGAUCCCUGGUUGUCAUGCAACACAUCAUGAAGAAACUGCGUAGGAACGACCUAGUCCAGUCACUCGAGAAGAGCAAGAACGUCAGUAAAUCGGAAGCACCGUGGGAGAAGAGUCAACGAGAACACAAAGAACGUCUGGAGAGAAAGUACGUAGCCGUACACAAGGGCACAAGGGACGAAGUCCUCGAGGGCAGAAGCGAAGGGGUCACCACCGAGCAUGAGGUGGUGUUGGUCGAGCGAGCAAAUAUGACGGCAGGUUCCAGAGGUGUCGUGGUUAACAGCGCCGACAUCUUCAACUGCCGGUACGGGGGCAAGAUCAAGACAGUUCUGACGACCGGACUCGCCGGGGUUGGCAAAAAAAUUACAGUGCAAAAGUUUGUUCUCGACUGGCUGGAGGGGAAAAUCCAUAAGGACAUACAGUUCACCUUUAUCCUUCCAUUCAGAGAGCUGAAUUUGAUGAAAGAUGACGCAAGUAUGCUUGAGCUUCUCUUAAUCUUUCACCCGGAAGUGAAGGGCAUAGAAUUUGAAGACCAGAGAGUUCUGUUCAUUUUUGACGGUCUGGACGAGAGCAAACUCCCUUUGGAUUUUGCGAGCAACGGGGUGUUGAGCAAACUCGACAAAGUUUCUUCGGUGGAUCAACUUCUGACAAACCUCAUCAAGGGGCACCUGUUUCACAACGCUCGCAUCUGGAUAACCUCACGACCUGCCGCCGCCGACAAGAUCCCACACGACCUCGUCGGCCGUUUCACAGAGAUCACAGGGUUCGACAAUUCCCAGAAGGACGAGUACUUCAGGAAGGCGGUCCAUGAAGACCAAGAACUGGCAACCAGGAUCAUCACCCACAUCAAGUCCUGUCGAUCCCUGCACAUCAUGUGCCAUCUACCCAUCUUCUGCUGGAUCUCACUCAGGGUUCUGAGGGAGAUGAUGAAGAAGGGAAACAGCGAGGCCCGGACUGAGAUUCCGAGAACGAUUACCGAAAUGUACAUUCACUUCCUCCUUGUGCAGACCAGUGUGAAGAAUGAGAAGUACAACAUGGGGGGGGGGCGCAGGGGGAACCGGAAGGAGCUGUCAGACGACGACCAAACGCUCGUCCUCAAGCUUGGAGAGCUCGCCUACAAGCACCUGGAGAGCGGGAAGAUCCUGUUCGGUGAGGACGACAUGAGGGACUGCGGCGUCGAUGUGGAAAUGGCUUCCGUGUGCUCCGGAAUGUGCACAGAAAUCAUCAAGGUUGAUUCCGGUCUGUACGAUGAGAAAAUGUACUGUUUCGUACAUCUCAGCAUCCAGGAACUGUUUGCAGCGUUGUACGUUUUCUGUGUGUUUGUGAAAACCAACAGGAAUCUACUUAUGACAGAGGAGAGUCUGAGGAAAGCUUUUCAGUUAUCCCAGUUUGGGGACCUGCCAAUGACAUUCGGGAAAAAGGAAGAAAUUGAGGAUGAAGAUCACGUUUAUUUUCCCAGUGUUUCAUAUCUAGAACAUGUAGUACUGACCAUCAAGUUCAAGAAGAUUGGGGGAACUUUAUGUCGUCCAAUGAGUUGCAAUGCCUUCACACCGUUGUCGGGCUUGCUCAAAACUGCGUUGGACCUGUCCUUGGCGAGCGAGCGUGGAUACUUGGACCUUUUUGUCCGCUUCCUUCUGGGCAUCUCCCAAAAGGGCUGCCAGGCUCACCUGAGAAGCCUUCUGACUCCGGUGGAAGGAAACCCAGGGAGCCUCGACGACACAGAGAAAAACAUCACGGAGACAAUCGCUUACAUCAAGAGGAAGAACAGAGAGGAUCCCCGUCCAGGAUCAACAAUAAAAGAGAAUCUAAAUCCAGAGAGACUGAUCAACAUGAUCCACUGCCUGAACGAGCUGAACGACGACACGCUACAGAGGGAAGUGCUCGCUAAAGGACGUUGGAAUGAACUGACCCCCCCACAGUGCUCUGCCCUGGCCUACACAUUGACAGUUUCCAAUCAACCGUGUGACGUCUUUGACUUGAAGGCCCACAAUUCAUCCCCAGAGGGCCACUCGAGACUAAUGCCACUUAUAAAUCGGCUGGAGAGAUGCCGUCUGUCCAGGGAGGCCUGUGAGAGUCUGGCUGCUGUGUUUGGCUCCAGCAACACUAAGCUGGAGAGACUUAGCGUCAGUGGUAACGACCUGCAGGACUCGGGCGCAGAAGUUCUGCUGUUUGGGCUGGCGUCUUCACACUGCUCACUGCAGAGUCUGAGCAUGGAGGGCUGUGGCCUCACGGGGGCUGUGUGUGCGACGGCAACUUCAGUCCUGAAGUCUGCUAACUCAAGGCUGAAGGAGUUGGAUCUCAGCUCCAACCGCCUAGGAGACUGUGGAGUGCAGCGCCUGUGCGUACAGCUAGGGGGCGCCAGCUGCAGCGUACGAACGCUCAGGCUGUCUGGUUGUGAUGUGACAAAGAAUGGUUGUGGCUUCCUGGUGUGUGCGUUGCGUUUAAACCCCGGACACCUGGAGGAACUGGACCUGGGCCACGAUGACCCUGAUGACCCUGAGGCCCCCUGCUGGAGGAGCCUGGUGUCAGACUAG